AGGUCUACACCAAGACUCCUCUUCGGAGGGGAUGUCGGAGUACGACCGUGAGAUGAGGAGACGCGUCUGGGUUAUCCUCUAUCUGUGGGAUUUGUAGGUCAUCAUGUCCGGCCCACGAAGGCGGCCUACUAAUUAACGCUCUUCAGCUCGCUGAGUUCCAUGUUGUCUCGGCCUUUCAUUAUCAACCAUGCUACCUGCAACGUCGUAAUGCCGACACUAACCCUCGAGUACACCUGAGACCGCCCCGAUCAGCCGUCGCCGUUCCGGCAUAUGAACCUUCAUUGUCAGCUUUGCAUCGACUUGGCGGCGCAGGUCGGGGGCCCGUUGAAAUCAGACGAGGAUAAGGCGAAAGCAGCCAGACGAGCGAAGGAGGUGGUUGAGAACUGGAUCGAAAACCUCCCGGCCGAGUACGCCGUUGAGAAGCCGGAAAUGCGGUGGGACGACGAGUUCGAUUGGGUUGUCUUCCAACGGCGUUAUCUGCACCUGAUUGCGUACAUGAGCUUGUUCAGUCAGCUGAGGCCGUUUCUCGCGCGGAGCUCGGCCGAGCCUAUGUCGGAGCUUGAAGCCAGUCUUCGAGCGGCAGGUGUUGAUGCGGCGCUAGGUCUCAUGGAGGCGUCGUGGAGGCUUUUCGAGAACCUCGUAUCGGUGGGCGCCAAGUUCCACUACGCCAUCUUUUGCAUUUUCGAUGCGGCAACCGUCAUGUGCUCUGCCUUUAUCCAGGACGAGGCUCGCAAUCUUCCGCAGCGGGAGACGAUCCUCGAAGCGAUAAAGAAGAGCUUGGGCAUGCUGGCCGAGGUGGCGUCACAAUCCAAGACGACAUCAGCGCUGUACCGCAUCCUCAAGGGCCUUCUGGCCAAACUGCCAUUGAACGCCAGGGAACUUGGUGUGAUUGGGUCGACCAAACGUAUGAAGGGAGAGAGGGUUACGCCGUCAAUUGUCAGAGCUCAUGUCCCCACGAAGUCGCCAACCGGCUCCUCUUCACCUUCGCAAGGUCCCCGCGCCGAAGCGCAGCAGAAUAUCAACCCCCGGCACAGAUCAACCAGCGCGAGCUCUGACAGCAACUCCACGCCGGAUUCGUCCAACUUCCAACCACACAGCGAGAGUUCAAUAUCGCUGCCGGAGAGCGGUCGAUCCAUAGGUUCCCAAUCAUUAUCAUCAUCACCACCGUCAGCGGAAGGACCGCCACAGCCCAGACAGGUCCUGCGAUCAAAUGGCGUUGCAUCGACCGAUCGCCAUCUGGAAUCCAACGCAUUCGCGCUUCCGACCCCAGCUCACCCGGCGUACCCGGUUUCGACGGGUAGCUUCAUGUCGCCAACGAGCGCCAUGUCGACGACCGUCUAUGUGCCGUCGAGCGGAUUCCCGACCACUCCGUAUGUGCAAGGAGACGGCUUCUCGUUUGGCCCGGCGGGUUCGAUUCCCUACAGCCAGCCCGGUUGGCAAUCAGCCCAGGGGGCCAUGGACGGCCUGGGCAACACCUUGAACAUGUACGAAGAUGGCGGCCUCUCAGCGUUCAACAGUGCGGCGCCCGAGGUGCUCCAAUACUGGGAGUGGCAGACACUCGGGUUUGACAACCCCGUAUCAUGGAGCCAAAUACAGGCGCAGAGCGGGAUCCGACAGCAUCAGGCCGUAUUCCCGGACGGAUUCGUCGGCCGGGGAGUGGCCAACGACUGCGGGGCUAGCACGAGCACCGAAGAUAUGAGCCGGUGAGAGUUCUAGCCCGGGACGUGUGUCAUCUUUCCCAGUCCCCAGAGUACAGGCAUCCCAGCUGAGAUUGGAUGUCGCUUCCGUGUCUGCUUUUUUGUCAUUAGGAACUACUCGAGGGUCUGUUUCACAGGUUUUUU